CCUUAUACCAUUUAACACUCUGGGUCCACCUUCAAGACACUGGGCUGUGGAUCAACCCGAACCAACACAAGAAUCAUUUUGACAGGUUCUUUUAGAGGUGCUCCUUCUCUUUUUUUAACCUAUCCUUUUAAACAAAAUGGCACCAAAGAAAGAUGUGAAGAAACCAGCGGCUGCCGCUGCCCCAGCCCCAGCCCCGGCACCUGCACCCGCCCCAGAAAAACCCAAGGAAGAAAAAAUUGACCUCUCAGCCAUUAAGAUCGAGUUCUCUAAGGAACAGCAGGAGGACUUCAAGGAAGCAUUUCUCCUGUUUGACAGAACAGGUGAAAGCAAGAUCACCUUAAGCCAGGUUGGUGAUGUCCUUCGGGCACUGGGCACAAAUCCCACUAAUGCAGAGGUCAAGAAGGUUCUGGGGAACCCCAGCAAUGAAGAGAUGAAUGCCAAGAAAAUUGAGUUUGAACAAUUUCUUCCCAUGAUGCAAGCAAUUUCCAACAACAAGAACGUGGGUACUUAUGAAGACUUUGUUGAAGGUCUGCGUGUCUUUGACAAAGAAGGCAAUGGCACUGUCAUGGGUGCUGAGCUCCGCCAUGUUCUGGCCACACUGGGUGAAAAGAUGAAAGAGGAAGAAGUGGAAGCCCUAAUGCAAGGUCAAGAAGACUCCAAUGGCUGCAUCAACUAUGAAGCUUUUGUCAAGCAUAUCAUGUCUAUCUAAGUGGAGUUCUCAAGAUCAAAUAUUGUUUAGGAAGACUGGCUGGAAUCUUAUUUUCGUAACACCCGCGACUAACUGUCCAAACCUGGUUAUCAUCGUUCAGAAAAACAAAACAAUUUGUACCCUUCUAAAUGGAAGGAUUCCCAGAAUUUUCAUACACCUUGUUUUUCUACGAUUUGUAUUCAUACUACCCAAACCAAGUGUCUGCAGCUCCAGACAAGAAAGAUAAAAUAUUGACAACCUCAAAUCUAAACACCACUUGUUAUUUUCUACUGUUGGUCAAUGAACAUCUUUAAAAUGAUGAAUCAAUAAAUAAUUUUCGUCAGUCUGGAA